AUACUCGGCGCUUUUGUCGUGUCCCUCCGUCCAGAGUCCCCCUCCUUAGCAAACACAGGACGGUUAGCACCGGGUGUCAGGCAUCAUGUUUCGAGCCGUUUACCGACUAUCGUCUGCGGGAGCUCGGACUCUGGUUCGGACGCGCCCCCGUUACGCGGCUCCAGUGGCUUCCAGAUGUUAUUCCCAUGGCAAAGUAGAGACGGAUGAGGAGUUUGAUGCUCGCUGGGUGACCUAUUUCAGUAAGCCUGACAUUGAUGGCUGGGAGCUGAGGAAAGGCAUGAACACCUUGAUUGGAUACGACCUGGUACCUGAACCAAAGGUUCUGGAUUCGGCGCUGAGGGCCUGCCGGAGGCUGAACGAUCUGGCCAGCGCCAUCCGCAUCCUUGAGGCUGUAAAGGAUAAAGCCGGUCCUCACAAGGACAUCUAUCCCUACCUCAUUCAGGAAUUACAACCCACUCUGGCAGAACUUGGCAUCUCAACACCUGAAGAACUUGGAAUUGACAAGUUAUAAACCAUCAAGGAUCAAGAAAGGGGUUUCCAUCAUUCUCCCCAUUCUGUCAGUCUGUCUAUAUUGUUAAUUAAACACUUGCAAUCUUGUUGUGUACAAAGUGGUGAAAAUAAUAAAGAAAACAAUAUUUAAAAA